UACAGCUACGUGGUAUACUACGGUAGAAGCCAAGCGCCUCACGGCAAAAAAUGUGUGGAUUAUACGACGUAAACCACUGCCUUGAGGCACACAUUCAAGAUGUACUACAGUACAGACCUCGUGUUUCGUGGCACAGAUAGACACAAGGACUGGCUUGAUCUCUGUCUGUGGAUGGGUCCUGAAGAACCACUGUCAUUUCCCUACCCUCCCCAGGCUGUCUGCUCCCCAAAGUUCACAGAGCCAAGGACGACCUAUUGGAAACUGGUGGGAGCAAGGCCGGCCUUUGGAAAGCAGCCCGUGUUUGCUUUUCUUUAUCACCAAAUGCACAAGGGCAACCCCGUUUACCUAAAGGCAGUGCUUUUAAGCUCAUCCCUUCCACAAACACCUAAAGGGAGGAGGAGGAAGAGGAAGAAUAGGAGGAGGAGGAAGACGAAGAGGAGGAAGAAGAAGAGGAGGAGGAAGAAGAGGAAGAAGAAGAGGAGGAAGAGGAGGAGGAGGGAGGAAGAGGAGGAGAAGGAGGAGGAGUGGGUAUCUGACGCAUUCAGAAAGCUCAUUGUGAUGCCCCCAAAGCCCCAAACCGUCCUUUUCACCCUCCGUAGCGCCUCGGUUCCCACAUUAACAAUGCCCCCACCCCUGAAAAGGCCUGAGUCACCGCAGAGCUGA